AUGCACUGUGACGUAGAAACAUCAAUCAAAAGAUUCGCAUUUGGGAAAAGUUUGUGAGUUUAGAGCCUUUUAACAAGACGUUUAAGAUGUCAUCUCCGUCGGAUUCCUCUUCCUGCACAUCUGAAAGUGAUCUAGAAAGUUUUACAGUUGACGAAGUGAUGGGGGAAUUGUCUGAAUUUGCGCCGUACGACGACAGUUGCGAACCCCUUGCUACCGAGGAAGAAGCCGCGGACUACAACGAAAGAGUUCAUCGCGAAGAAGAAGAGGAACAACAGUUUCAACGAAGAUAUUCGGGAGAGGUGCCAGCGAAUGAAUGGUAUGGUAUUAUCAUGGAAUGCAGAUUUAUAUUUUUAUUUUCCAAUUUCAACAUACCCGUCGUUAAAUCGUGCGCGUGACGAACGCGACUGUGUGUUUUGUUUAAGUUUACAAUUUCGUUGCUAUGUGAUUAGCUGUAGUCCUGAUUUUAUGCGAUAGUUUUAUUGAAGAGGUCAGACUAUUAAUAAUUUUAUACAGACGUAUUUUUCUUGUGUUUGACGAAUUUUUCACAUUAUUUUGCUGGUGUUCGUGCUCGAACUGCUCUAUCAGCCUUGUUACAAAGGCGCAGGAGUGCAUUUGCUGCAAAGAGAUCGAUCGCUGCGAAGAGGUCAUGGAAGAAGCCACUGGAGACCGGACCGUAUGCAUAACCCUCCAUCCAGGGUUUGAAAGCGUCUGCUUAAACCGCCACGUAUUAGAAGUGGCUGCACUGGGCCUAAAAACGCGAGCUGGAAAGUCGUACACAACUGUUCGUGGGCAAAGCAACAAAAGUGAUAAUGAGUAAGCUGGGGUAUUGUUGACUUUGUAUCGGAACGAUCGAACCUUACAUAGCAUUGAAUAAUUGAUACAUCUAAGCUCAUCGCCGUGGACUGAUCUCAUAGAAUCACAUUUUUUAUUUUCUAAAUGGCUUUAUUGCCCCAACUACUUAUUUUUAAAAGGAGUAUUUAUUUAUCUCCAUCCAAUCCCUCCUUGAAUUAACAGUGAUCUCAUUUCUCUAACUAGAUUCCUGAGGUCUGUGGCCUAUCGCCAAUUUACAAGACUGCUGUGGAGUUAUAUUGGUAGUUCCAGGCGAUACCCCUUGCCCUGUUGUGCCUACAAUAAAAUCAGGAAACAAUUUCCGAGUCAAAAUGGCCAUUAUCGUGGAUUCGAAGAUGAAGAAAAUGAAUAA